GAAAGUUAAAUGUGUAUAUUGUAAACAAUACGGACAUAUACGUGAAGACUGUAAGAAAUUAAAUAACUCGGGUAAUAAUAAUAAGUCGCUAUAUUGUUAUGGUUGCGGAGCCAAAGGCAUAAUAAGAUCGCAGUGUUCUGUAUGUAAUAACGUGUCGUUUUCGUCUGUUUCAAUGGAAAAUAAUUUUCCACAUUUGGUAAGUGAUUACAAACAUAAUAAUACAUUCUCCGAUAACACAUUAAGCCACGAAAUUGCCCACGAAAGUGUUUAUGUAGGUAAACAUACACGCAAUGCGUAUGCUAAUACGUGUAGUAGUAGUUAUAGUAGUACAUCUCCUUGCCUACAGUCGAACGCGCGUGAUUGUUGUCGCGAUCUUUCUAAUAAUAAUAAUUUGUGUUAUCGAUCGCAUAUUGUUACCUGUGAUUCAUGUGAUUUUUGUCCGCGUUAUUGUAAAAAUGUUAAUUCAGUAGUUGCAGUAACCAAUAAACUUAUUGUUGAUUCACCCGAGGGGUUUAAUGACCCCAGUAGUAGCGAUAGUGUUAUAAGUAUGCAAGUACCUGUUAAUACAUAUGGUAGUAGUCCCUUACCUGUUACCGUGCCUACUCGUGGUUGGUGCUGCUAUGGUGUUGAUCGGUCUAACACGCCUUCACUUGCCGCCGACAUUGAUACGACAAAAAGUGUUUUUUCGGGUGAUGUUAUACCUACGGUCCCUCUCUCUGCGUCUGACGUGUUUCGGACGACGACCGUUCAUUCAACGCAGCGUAGGCCUAUGCUUAGCAUUAAAGUUCUUGGUUUACGGGGCUUGGCUUUGAUUGAUACCGCUGCUAAGUGCUCUGUGGCAGGUUAUAUGCUUUAUAAAAUAUUUAAGGAAAAGGGGCUUACCUUUGGUUCGAAGCAGGUUAAUGUGAAGCUUGCUGACGGUGUUGUCCAUUCACGCGAGGUUCUGGUGGCGAACGUCGACGUCGACAUUUCUGUGGACAAGAGUGUUCGUGUGGACUUCGUGGUGUUUCCGGAAGCUGACAACAAUGAUACUCUUCUGGGUAUCGACUUCCUCAAUGCUGCAGGUAUGGUUAUUGAUUUUUCUGCUUCAUCAUGGCAUUUUUCUGGGUGCACGCGGACCUACCCGCUUGAAUACGAGGGGGAGUCAAUUUUACCGCGCCACCCUAUAUCUGUUUCGUCUGUUUCGCUUAGGGAUGAUGAAGGAUUGUUGCUUACCUGUGACCAGCGCCAGCAGCUUGCUGAUUUACUUCAGCACCAUGAGGAUAUCUUCCGUCCAGGAGGAGAGGCGACUCGCUUCGCCGAGCAUCACAUUGAUACGGGAAGUCACGCGCCUAUCGCGGUUCCCCCAUAUCGCCUCACGCCCGCUAAGCGGACCGCAAUGGAGGCGGAGAUCAACAAGAUGUUGUCUGAUGGUAUUAUUGAGGAGUGUGAGUCCGCCUGGGCCGCACCUGCUCUCCUAGUCCCUAAGAAAGAUGGUACGUAUAGAUUCUGUGUCGACUAUCGUCGACUCAAUGCUGUCACCAAAGGUGAUACUUACCCUUUGCCGGUUAUCGAAGAUCUGCUUCACGCUACCAGGAGAGAGGGGUACAUGAGUACCAUAGACCUCCGUUCAGGUUAUUGGCAAGUAAGUGUCUCGCCUGCUGACAGGGAUAAAACAGCAUUUGUGUCUCCUUUCGGUACGUACCGUUUUACCCGGAUGCCAUUCGGCCUUAAGAAUGCUCCCGCCACCUUCCAGAGGUUAAUGGAUCGUUUUCGGUCUGGGAGUACUUUAAAGAAUACGACUCUUCUAGUUUAUUUAGAUGACCUGUUAAUCCUAUCUGAUGGCGAUUUCCAGAAGCACCUGGAAGACCUGGAGUCUGUUUUCAACCGUCUACGUAUUUUUGGGUUGCGUGCCAAUAGGGAUAAAUGCAACUUUGCCUGUAAUCAAGUUAAGUAUUUAGGUCAUCUUAUUACUCCUAAGGGUAUAAUGCCUGAUGAGUCCAAGGUGCAGGCUAUUCAACAAAUGAAUGAGCCUACCAACCUUAAGCACUUGAAGAGCUUCUUGCAAACCUGCUCUUGGUUUCGGAAGUUCGUGCCAGGGUUCUCUGAAAUUGCUCAACCGCUCACCAAGCUUACUAAGAAGAAUGAGCCGUGGUCUUGGAGUGAAGAUCGCGUUGAAGAACAACAAGACCGAAGAAAAGAGUAUGCUGACUCUUCCCGACGGCCGUCUCCUGUUUUCAAGGUUGGUGACCAAGUGUUACUGACAACGCAUUCUCUUAGUAAUGCUCCCAAGGGUCUAACACGUAAGUUUAUGCCGCAGAGAGAUGGACCGUAUAUUAUAAAAAAGGUCAUUAGCUCCACCACCUAUGAGUUAGUAGACGGUCAGGCCCAGCCUAUAGGUCGGUACCAUGUUUCAGACCUGACCGGUUUAGUUAAUAAUGGCUUUGAGGCUAUCGAGCCGGUUCAGCCUCGCCGUCAGCGAGGUCGGCCACCUAAAGCGGCCAGAAAGGCGCGCUCUUAAGUUUUGGUGCUCGUCACUUUCGGGGGCGAUAUCGUGACUUGCAGGAGGAGGAUGUAGCGCGCGUUUAAAUCGGGAGUAAAAUUCCCGCCGUAAGCCUGCCGCUCCGCUGGCCAAUAAUGAGCCGUGCCGGCGACGCGCCGUUGUUCGGCCGGCGCCCGCUCCUCGGGCCCCCCGCUCGUCCUCACAUCGGCGCGCGCCGACGUGACACAAGCGCCCCGUAACGCGACCGCGACACACCGUGGACUGUGCGGUGCGCGGCCCCGCCGUUUUUUGUAUCACAUUAUACUUAUUUGUAUUUGUUUAUUAUAAGUAGACAUUAGCUACAAAUAUAGAUAAAUAAGAUAACUAAUAUCAGAUAUACAGAUAGAAAU